AUGACGCGCCCGCUUUCGAUAGAAACAUCUGCGGCUGCAGAAGAAGUACUCAGGCUCUCAGACUUCCGUUCCAAUCUACUGGAUCCGUCCAUUCCACCUGAUUGGGUUGUGCGCUUCCUCCUCAGACGAAUCUCCACGUUCGAAAGAGAGGCAACCCGAGCGUACGAGGCCGCCCAAGAAAUUCUCCGUAGAGGAAAGCUAGAUUACGACGCUGCGCUAGACAAGGAGCCUCGUACGCUGGAGGUCGACAUUGACGAAUUCUUGGACCGCAGAAGAGCGCAGUCUGAACAGAGUAAUGAGGACGAGAUGGCUCAGCUUCUACGGACGACCUCUAAAGAUCUCAAAGCGGGUAUGGCCUCGGAGGCGAAGUCGAUCCAGGCAGAGACUGCAAUCCUCCUGAUGAUCAUUGAGCGUGAGGGCCAGAGAGAUGGGACCAAUACGGGAGAAAUGAUAUUCUAA